AUGGCUCGUUUAUUAACUCAGCGACAAGCUGAAGAGCUACAUAAAUCCAUGAUCGCAUACUUUUCUGCAAACGAUCUCCCGGAAACUGCCGCUACGUUACGAAGAGAGUUGGGCAUCCAAGAACACGACUUUGACGCCGCGGCAGAGAAGAAGUAUGAAACGCUGCUAGAGAAAAAAUGGACCAGCACAGUCCGUUUACACAAGAAGAUUAUGGACUUGGAGUCUCGGAACACAGCCUUGCAAACCGAAUUGGACAACGUCACGCCUACAUCCCUCCUCACACGCAACCGAGACCCCAAGUCCUGGCUUCCUCAACACCCUCGGCACUCAUUGCACUCCCACCGUGAUACCAUAAACUGCAUUGCUUUUCACCCCAAAUACUCCUCAAUUGCAUCCGGAUCCGACGAUUUCACAAUUAAGAUAUGGGAUUGGGAACUUGGAGAACUGGAGAUGACACUCAAGGGCCAUACAAGGGCUGUUCGCGAUCUUGAUUUUGGGUUACCCCAAGGAGUACCAGGCGCUCUAUUGGCCUCGUGCAGUUCUGACCUGACCAUCAAGUUAUGGAAUGCGGCAGACGGAUAUAAGAACAUUCGGACUUUACAAGGGCACGAUCACAUCGUCAGCGCUGUCCGUUUUAUACCCAAUGGAAGUCUGCUUGCUAGCGCAAGCAAAGAUAUGGAUGUGAGGUUAUGGGAUGUGACAAAUGGCUAUUGUGUGAAGACGAUACAGGGCCACACAGCCUGGGUGCGAGAUAUCUGUCCAUCAAUUGAUGGGAAGUUCCUUUUAUCUACUGGAGAUGACAUGACUGUUCGCUUGUGGGACAUUUCAGCCAAGCCAGAAAACAAGCUGGUCUGUUUUGGUCAUGAGAACUUCAACGAGUGCUGCGCUAUUGCGCCACCGAGCUCCUAUCGCUAUCUUGCACCUUUGGCCGGAUUGACGAAGGUUGGAUCCCCAGAAACUACCGCCGAAUUCAUGGCGACUGGAUCGCGUGACAAGACUAUCAAAAUAUGGGAUGCCCGAGGCACGUGUCUUAUGACGCUUAUAGGGCAUGACAACUGGGUACGAGCAGUUGUUUUCCACCCUGGUGGCAAAUACCUUCUCUCCGUCUCAGAUGACAAGACAAUACGUUGCUGGGACCUGAGCCAAGAAGGAAAAUGCGUGAAAACACUCAGAGAUGCCCAUGAGAGUUUCAUUACUUGUUUAAGAUGGGCUCCCGGGCUAAACCAAGGCCAGCCCACGGACACAACCGGCGCCUCCGGGGCACAAUCAUCAGAAGGUGGUGACCUGAAGAGUAAAGGGCCCGGGGAGAUUAUGUCCGAUUCGCAGAUUCGUUGCGUCAUCGCUACAGGUGGCGUUGACCAGAAGUUGCAGAUAUUUGCGGGCUAG